AUGGCCCGCAAGUACCACAAAGUGGCAGCUGCUCGUGCGAGACUCGCCCGACAAACUCAAGUGUAUGCUGCUACUGUCCGAGUCAUAGCCAGCGAUGAUAGUACUGUGCAGGAGCCCGACAACGACAACGGCAACAGCGAUGACAACAACGAUGACGAUAACUUCGAUUGCGGGUUUAUUGGUCUAGAGACGAAAGCAGCACAGUUGCAGGUCAAGGAGUUCAGCUCAAGGAAGGACAAAUCUCAUAGAUGUGUUCCGGAGACUGUGGCAUGUCUUUUCGACUGA